AUGCCGGCAGCGGCGGCGGCGGCGGCGGCGGCGGCGGCGGAGGCGAUGAGGGCGCCGUCCAAGCAGUCAAGAAAGCAGCAGCCGGCCUCCGGCAGGCGGGCGCUUUCAGGCGCGGGCGCUGCGGCGGGGGCGCAGCCAGAGGACCCGCAGUCAGACGACGCGGCCCCCAGCGCCGCCGACCUGCGCCACCUGCUGUCGCUGCUCGCGGCCGCGCCUGGUGGCGGUGCGGCGGGCGGCGGCGGCGGGGCCCAGGCGCUCGCAGGCCCGCGGCUGCGGGCGGUGAGGGCCGUGAGCGACGCGCUGCGCGCGGUCGGCGGCGUGGAUGGCGGCGCAGACGGGCACAGAGAUACCGGGACUGAGAUUGUGGCCCGGUUGGAGCGGCUGGGCAGGCUCGCAGGGCCUUCCACUGUGGGCAGCAGGGGCGCCGGCGCCCUGCAGGCUGCGGGCGCGGCUGCGGGCGCCGCUGUGGGCGCCGCCGCGGCAGGCGGGGAGCGCAGCGGCGGCGGCGGCGGCGGCGGCGAUGGCGGCGGCAGCGAGCGGCAGCGCGAGCUCGAGGCGGCCGCGGCGCUGCAGCGGCAGCUUCUGGGGAAGCGCAAGCAGCGGCCGCAGAGCGGCAGCGGCGACGCAGCCGGCGCCGCGCGGACGGGGGAGGCGGCCGCGGGGCCUGAGGCGGGGCCGUCUGCUGCGGACGCAGCCGCGUAUCGCGCAGGCGGCGGGGGAGGGCCCGAGCUCGCAGGCCCUUCGUUCGGCUGCUGGCGGCGCGUCUCGUCCUGGCAGCCAUGCUCUGUCGGCUGCAUCCCUGCCCCGCUGUGCCCGGGUGGUGUCGUGCCGCCGCUUGACAUGCCUUGGCGGCACCAGCACCAGCAGCAGCAGCAGCAGCAGCAGCAGCAGCAGCAGCAGCAGCAGCAGCAGCAGCAGCAGCAGCAGCAGAGGCAGGGGCAGGAGGACGGAUCAAAAACGUUGGUGGUGGAUGCUGCUGCACAGAAAGUGGCGGGCGACAAUUUCAAUGGCCAGCAGCCGGACAGGUCGAUUAAACUUGCAGACAAUCAGCAGCAACAACAACAGGAGGAGCAGCAGCAGCAGCAGCAGCAGCAGCAGCAGCAGCAGCAGCAGCAGCAGCAGCAGCAGCAGCAGCAGCAGCAGGAGGAGGUCGAGGGCGACAGAGAUGGAGGCAGCACUGGAGAGCAGGCGCUGUGGGACCACCGACCCGCUGAAGAAGCGGGGGCCGGCCCCCCUAGCGGCGGCGGGCCUGGUGACAUCCAGAGUACAGAUGCCGGCAGCGAUGACGGCGACGCCGCCGGCGGCGGCGGCGGCGGCUGGGGUUUAGCUGUUGGCGCCUUUCACGAGCUCAAGGCGGCCGCCAAACCGCUCUGGUGA